GACGACGGAGCCGCCGCCGCCGCCGCCGCAACGCGCACCGGCCAAGCAACAACCGCGCAGCACCACCGGCUUCAGUCGGCUCUGUCGCGUUCGCCCGGGAACUACCGUCGUAACGCUCUCCUCCCGUUCAGUUGUCUUCCGUCGGACGCGAAACCGUCGUCCACACCGACCGCGCACGAAUCAUUUUAGUUAUUCCGCGUUCCCGCGCCGACAACCGACCGCGAAACGUUGUCGACCGAUUCGGUCUCGACGAUUUAUUUUCGUUUUAUUAUUAUUUUUAACACCGUUUAAACACGUGUCCCAUGGCAUUUUCCGUUCUCCCCGUCGCACCGUGACUCGACUUGCCGUUCACCGUACGUACACGUGUUUGUGCGUCGAGAAGAACUUUUUUUUUUUUUUUAUUUUUUAUGUUAAAUUUUCCGUUUUCUAUUCCGUUAUAUUACACGACCCGGCGAUACAUGGAUACUUCGGCCUGAUCGCCGCACCGACUCGCACGCACGCAUCGCAUCAUUGAGAAAUGGUAGCGGACACGGCUAGCAGUUAUCAUCAUCAGAAGAGUCAGCAGCAGCACCAGCAGCAACAUCACCAUCAGCAGCAGCAGCAACAGCAACAGCAGCAGCAUAUCCUGCAGCAACACCACCAGCAGCAGCAACAAAACGGAGCCGGCGGCGGAGGCGGCCAUAACAUGCCGCAGUACUGCAGUGACAUGGAGCAGUCGAGCAGUAUGAGGUACGACGAUUCGGUGUCGCCCGGACCGGAAUCCCCGGGUCCCGGAGAACCGUACCCGCCAGGGUUCGACCUGUCGGCGCACUUGCAGCGCAAGGAGUUUUUCGCGCAGCGCAAGCAAAGGGAGUUUAUACCAGAUAACAAGAAGGACGAAAGCUACUGGGACCGGAGACGGCGCAACAACGAAGCGGCCAAGCGUUCGCGCGAGAAGAGGCGUUUCAACGAUAUGAUUCUGGAACAGAGGGUGGUUGAGCUGAGCAAGGAGAAUCACGUACUAAAGGCCCAGCUCACCGCCAUCAAGGACAAGUUCGGCAUUAGUGGCGAGGCGGUCGUCAGCGUAGAACAGGUGAUGGCUUCUCUACCGACCAACGAACAAGUGCUGAGCAUCACGAAACGGCCUAAACUGUCGUCGUCCAGCUCGUCGGCCACGUACUCGCAAAACGGCAACGGCCCGAUACCCACUUCGGUCAUCCACCAGCCGGUGCAGUCGACCACGCCCAAGAUGAACGGCUCAUUCUACGCACAGUCAGACUGCAGCAGUCCCGGCGAACCGCAGCCGCAACAGCAACAGCAGCAGCAGCAACAUCAGCAACAACAGCAACAACAGCAACAGCAACAGCAACAACAGCAACAACAGCAGCAGCAACAGCAACAACAGCAGCAGCAUCAACAGCAACAGCAGCAGCAGCAGCAGCAGCAGCAACACCUCCACCAUCAACAACAGCUGCAACAUCAACAGCAAUCCGACCGUUCCGGCGGGGGACUUCCGAUGUCCGUGGCAGCGGCCGCUGUGGCCGCGGCCGCGCAAGCCGGGUACCCGUCGUACCCUUUCGCGCCCGUGCUGCCGCCACUCCAGCCGCCGUCGUUCUCGGCGGCCGCAAACAGCGUGCUGAACCUCAGCCGCCGGCCACCGUCGCCGUAUGAGCUGAGCAGCGGAAGUGGCGACGACACGUCGUCCUCGUGCGUGCCGCUGUCCCUGGCGUUCGUGGCCGCGGCCGCAGCCGCCGCAGCCGGCGGCAACCCGGGUGCCAUGAUGGUGGGUCACCACCCGCACCACCAUCAUCAUCAUUUGCAGCACCGGCUCAACGGCAAUGGCAUGUUAGCCAUCGUGAACGCGGCCAGCGCCGGCGCCGGCGGCGGUAGCAACGGUACUGUGGUCCACGGCAACGGUGGUAUCACCGGCACCGUAAACGGCCACGGCAACUCGAUCAACGGCAGUGGCAACUGUUUGCCGCUAAAGCUCCGGCAUAAGACCCAUCUGGGCGAUAAGGACGUGGCGGCCACCGCGCUGCUGUCGCUGCAGGCCAUCAAACAGGAGCCGGGCAGCAGCCGGGCAAGUCCGCCGUGGGACGCGGAGGGCAGCAGCGACGAACGCGACUCCGGCAUCAGCCUAGGCGCCGAGUGGGGUGUUCGGCCACCGUCCGUGGCCGCGGCCAUGGCCGGUUGCCCGUCUACGUCAUCCGCGGCCGCGGCUCCGCGCGCCGCCGCCAUGCAAUCGCCCGCCGUCACGAUGGGCUGCGAGCCGGCCGACGGCGCCGUAUCGCACGCCACCGCCCCGACGGCCGCGGCCAACGGUGGCCCGGACGUUGCGACCGCGGCCGCCGCCGGUGACACUAGGCUCAAGUCGGAAGUGGCCAGGCUCGCGUCCGAGGUGGCCAACCUGAAGAACAUACUGUCGUCCAGAAAUACGGCGGCCGGCAGCCCCGCCCCGACCGCCGCACAGUCCACCACCGUGGCCGUCAACUGAUCGCCGGGUAUACUGUUGUUAUUAUUAUUAUUAUUGUACGCGGGCGCGUUACGGGGUUUCGUAAACGCGCGCGCCCAUCAAUCGGUUUAAUAAAAUUAAUGAAAUCGUUCUCGUCAGACCCGACGACGCAAUAUUGUUAUCAUUAUUGUUUUAUUAUUAUUUUCAUUAUUAUUAUUAUUAUUAUUAUCAUUAUUACUGUGUCUUACGUUCCCGAACGUUUCGUCGCCCACCGAAUUGUUAACCUGUACUGUUAUAUUAAUAUCCGAUCCUCGUGACUGGAAAAUCGUGAAUUUCACGUCUCCCCGUUCGAACGGAAUUCAACGCGUUGACAUUUAUAAUGUUUCUCGUGUCCGCGUGCGGUUGAAAUCCGGAACACGAUCGGUAGGCGUUCGCGGUUAUCAUUACGGUAUCGUUUCGCGGUGCACACGGGAGAUCGCCGUUGGAAGAGACGAUAGAAACACCAACGCGUGCGCAACGCAGAGACGAUACCGACGUGCAAACACGUGGCGCGCGCGCGUGUAAAAUCACGUCCGUACGUAUUUUCGGUAACGCCUAAAGCGUUUCGAAUCGCUCGGAGAAAAAAAAAAAAAA